CCAGAUUCUUUGAAGAUGGUAGGUUUGCCAACUUUUUUCCAUGAUCUCAUAGAACCUGAUGUGGUGGUGAGACAGCAGGAAGCUCUGGCAGCAGCUCGCAUCAGGAUGCAAGAGGAGUUGAAUGCACAAGCUGAAAAAUACAAAGAAAAGCAAAGACAGCUUGAAGAAGAGAAGAGAAGGCAAAAGAUAGCCAUGUGGGAGAGCAUGCAAGAAGGAAAAAGCUACAAAGAGAAACGGAACCAGCAAGAAGUAGAAUCUGAUGCUUCUGUCUCAUCAACAAUCCCUAAGUCUAAACCUAACAAAAGGCCUUUGCGAGGAGCUGGUUAUAAUCCUUUGUCUGGAGAAGGUGGUGGUACCUGUUCUUGGAGACCAGGUCGCAGAGGAGGCCCAUCCUCAGGUGGAUGAGGCUAACUUUACUGGUGUCUAACAACACUAGCAGGCCUGAUCUGACCCACUACUGAACUUCCUGCAGCUUGCAUGUCACAGUGACUCUUCUGGGGCUUUGUUUAGUACAGGUGUAGACUUAAAAAGAAACAUACGUGACUUGCAGGUUUUAAUGUGACAACUAGAAGCCCUGACAGACAGUCACACACAGGAAAGUGGUUAAUGGCCUUUUUUAAGAGGGUAAAGAUUAUCUAGGAAACAAAAUGUGUUUUGCUUUAGCUAGAGAAGAAGCAAGGUCUAUGGCCAAAGCAUGUGAUUCGGUCAUGAAACUGUCUGUGCAUUGGUUUACUCAUCUGUAAAGUGGGCUGCUGUGAGACUUAAUUCAUUAAUGUUCACAAAGUGCUUUGAGAUCUUUGGCCAAAGAUGCUGUAGGAGAGCAAAGAACCAUCACGAGCACAGGCAAAUCUUAAUUUUACAAAAGUCUCGGUGGGCACCUACAACUUCAUCCAGGUUUUUUGAAAUCCCAGGUCAACUGAACUACAAUAACCUACUAUUGUAGAGGGGAGUACAAAAGCAUGCCAGAGACUUGUAAGAAUAGGGCUUGUCUGAAUGACAUUUCCGUUCCUGGAGGCUCUUGAAAAGUCUAACAAUGUUCCUGCCUAUUAAUAAAUGCUAAAUCUUUCAGCGGGUGACUUAGGCCAUGUCUACACUUACUGAUAGAUGGGCCCUGCUGCAGUCAAUGCGGCGAUGUUUAUUUAGUGGGUCUGGUGAAGACCUACUAAAUUAAUGGGAGAGCAUUCUAUCAAUUUGUGUACUCUACCUCCCUGAGAAGCAUAAGGGAAAUUGGCAAAGCGCGGUGUCUACACAGCAGUAAAUAAUCUAGAUAUGUCAUCUGCAGCUACGUUAUUCCCACGGCUGAAUUUGUGUAGUUUAGAUCAAUUUAUUGCGGAAGUAUACACCAGCUGUUACAGUUUGGCUCUGAGGGCUCAAAAGUCAUGGAUUUAGUACACAAGGCGAAUGAUUAUAGAUAAGUCUCUGUGACAAGUUGCAUUGAAUGAUGUUAUCCUCAUAAAUGGUGAACAAACCAGUGAGGAUCACUGAUACUAGACAGUAGAUGGGGGUUUCUUGUAUCUUUUUUUAAUUUCAGCUUUGUAAAACAAAACACUGUAAAUAUUGGAUACCAUUGCAAACAAAUUGUAAACUUAGCAUUUGCAAUAUUGUGGUUUUUAUAGCAUCUUUUUACAUAGGAGGUACGUAUUCUAGUUCAAUAAAUAUGUCUAAAGCAAGAUACUUCCUGAAUUGUGCAGUUACAUUUUUUUACUAAUUCAGCAUUAAGACUUUGCCUGGCAUUUUGAUGGCAUCCCUCACUUUUUUAAAAAAACAUUUAAUUUUCAUUGGGGGCUCUUUCAAUUAAUCACCUUCAGGUUGAGACCAAGUUGGGGGAAAUGUCAGACUAAAAACUUUGAAGUGUCAUAAAUGAUGGAAAUGGGGUAAAUCAGAUAAUCGGCAAUUGAUUUGUAUCUAGAAACUAUACAACUGGAAAGCUUAUAUUGAAAAAUAAGGCAAGGGCCUUGUGUUUUCCAAUGUGUGGGGGAAGAGCCUUGUGCUUUUCUAUGUCUGGAGGAGCUAGGUUAGCUCUUUUCAGGCUAUAGUCAAUGAUCUCUGGCUCGUUGGCAUGGUGGGCACAUCUUGGACUGGUUAACUUGAAAACUAAAAGACCUUCAAACAGAAGAAUAAUUUAUUACUUCUCUAGGCCUGAUCCUGCAGUGAGAUCUAUUCACAGUGGCCCUCUGAGAGAGCCUGCAUGAAUGCAGUGGGUCCCCAUGCAGGAUUGGGGCCUUCAUCUGGAGGCCACUAGAACAAUUUACUAUGUGCCCUCUUGCAUCUGUCUGCCAGAGGCACUGCAAAAAUCUUCCAAUGGCUGAUCGCCUGGCUGUCUUUCAUGCUGAAUAACUCUGCUGGAUACAGAAGACUGUUCUGUACCCUGCUAUCAGUCUCUGCUGUGUGAAGGUUACACAACAUUUGUACCAACAAGUCUGCAGUUUGCAAAUGAAUUUUACUUUAGCCUGUGUGCAUUUGGCAUGCAUGUGACUCUAAAUACUAAGUGAAUAAAGAGUGUCAGCUCUUCA